AUGAGCUCCGGCAAGAAAUCGCGCUCUCCGUUCUCAGGGGAAGGCAGUCAGUCGCCAUCUCUCCCUCAUCUGCCCUUCAGCACCUCUGCUAACGUCCAACCAGGCUCGUCUGCCGUAUUCGGCGAUGUGCCUCCUGCGUACACGUCCCGGCUGGAUCCCGACAUCAGCCCGACGGCGCUCCUCGCCCAGCGGCCGUCGCGCGCCGUGCGGCCGCGCGAGUGCGACAACGACCAGUUUGCGCUUCUCGCCAACUACGACACGGUGGUCGUGAUUGACGACUCGUCCUCGAUGACGGAGAGCAACGGCCGCGGGCGCUCGCGCUGGGACGAGGUGGGGGACGCGAUCCGCCAGAUCGCCCGCGUGUGCACCAGGUACGACGCCGACGGCAUCGACCUGUACUUCCUCAACCACCGGAGCGCGUCGCCCGCGCCGCCCGGCCGCGCCAGCGGCGGCUACUACAACGUCGGCACCGCCGAGCAGGUCACGGAGAUCUUCGAGAUUGUGUGGCCCUGCGGCAUGACGCCCACGGGCGCGCGGCUGCAGGACAUUCUCGGGCCGCACCUGGACUUGUGCGAGCGGGCCGGCGGCGGCGAAAUGCCCAAGCCCGUCAACGUCAUCGUCUUCACCGACGGCAUCCCCACCGACGACCCGGCCGGCAUCUUGUCGUCGGUCGUCCACAGGCUCGAUCAUGUCAAGGCGCCGCUGGCGCAGGUCGGCGUGCAGUUCUUCCAGGUCGGCAGGGACAAGGGCGCGCGCCGGGCGCUCAUGAGUCUGGACGACGACCUCCGCAGCCGCAGCACCGGCAGGGACAUUGUCGACGCCGUCACCUGGGACAGUGUCUUGGGGGAACGCAACGGGCUGACCGGAUCGGGCGUCUUGAAGGUCGUGCUGGGUAGUGUCUCCAAGAGGCUGGACUGGCAGCCCAUGGAAGGGAGGAAGAAGAAAUUCUCCCUCCGGAGACUCGUUGGUUUCUAA